AUGGUAAUAGAGAUUAACAAUGACUUUGCUCUUGAAACCUCUCUUUUUGUUUUUGCUUGUUACUUUAGGACAUUUCUUCUGGUAGGUGCUCCAAAAGCAAACACUACCCAGCCUGACAUUGUAGAAGGAGGCCAAGUGCUGAAGUGUAACUGGAAUUCCAACAAAAACUGCCAACCUAUUAUAUUCGACUCCACAGGUGAUAGGUAUUUUGCCCCUGAUGACCCGCUCGAAUUUAAGUCACACCAGUGGUUUGGUGCAUCUGUGAGAUCUAAAAAUGAUAAAAUUCUGGCUUGUGCCCCCUUGUACCACUGGAGAACUGAAAUGAAACAAGAGCGAGAGCCUGUAGGAACUUGCUACCUUCAUGAUGGAUCUAAAGCUGUUGAGUAUGCUCCCUGCAGGUCAACAAUUAUUGAUGCUGAUGGACAGGGAUUUUGUCAAGGAGGAUUUAGCAUUGACUUUACAAAGGGAGACAGGGUACUUCUUGGAGGACCUGGAAGUUUUUAUUGGCAAGGUCAACUCAUUUCUGACAGGGUGGCAGAGAUUGUGGCUAAAUACAGCUCCAAAAUUUACAGUAUAAAAUAUGAAGACCAGUUAGCAACCCGGGCAGCAAGUGCUACUUUUGAUGACAGCUACUUGGGUUAUUCGGUGGCUGUUGGAGAUUUCAACGGUGAUGGGAUAGACGAUUUCGUAUCUGGGGUCCCAAGGGCAGCAAGAACUCAAGGCAUGGUGUCUAUUUACAAUGGGGAAAACAUGUCUUUCUUGUACAAUUUUACUGGAGAGCAGAUGGCUGCCUAUUUUGGAUAUUCUGUAGCUGCCACUGAUAUUAAUGGGGAUAAUUACAUAGAUUUGUUCAUUGGAGCCCCUCUAUUUAUGGAUCGUGGUUCUGAUGGCAAACUUCAAGAGGUGGGUCAGGUCUCCAUUUGUCUUCAGCUUCCCUCUGGAGGUUUUCAGAUCACAAAACUGAAUGGAAUUGAGAUCUUUGCAAGGUUCAGCAGCUCUAUUGCACCUUUGGGGGACCUAGACCAAGAUGGCUUCAAUGAUCUUGCAGUUGCUGCUCCUUAUGGUGGAGAGGACAAGAGAGGUUUUGUUUAUAUCUACAAUGGAAGAGCAACUGGUUUGAAUACAGUGCCAUCUCAGAUCCUUGAAGGACAGUGGGCAGCCCGUAACAUGCCACCAAGUUUUGGGUACUCAUUAAAAGGAGCUACUGAUGUGGACAAAAAUGGAUAUCCAGAUUUGAUUGUUGGAGCAUUUGGUGUUGACACAGCUGUUUUGUACAGGGCUAGACCAGUUAUAAGUGUGCAUACUUCUCUAGAAGUUACCCCAACCAUUCUAAAUCCAGAAAGCAAAACCUGUCAACUGUCAGAGUCUGGUCCAAAAGUUUCCUGUUUCAAAGUGAAAUUCUGCUUAAAAGCUGAUGGCAAAGGAAAGCUCCCCAGUAAGCUCACCUUUCAGGUGGAGCUCCUCUUGGAUAAACUUAAGCAAAAAGGAGCCACAAGGCGAGCUCUGUUUGUCCACAACAAGCAGCCUGGUCACUCUAAGAAUAUGACAAUUACAAAAGGAGGCCAAAUGCAGUGUGAAGAACUUUGGGCUUUUCUGAGGGAUGAGUCUGAGUUUAGAGACAAACUUACACCAAUCACCAUUUUUAUGGAGUAUCAAAUGGAUUACAGAACAGCUGCAGACUCAACUGGAUUGCAGCCCAUCCUCAACCAGUUCAUACCUGCUAACAUGAGCAGACAGGCACACCUUCUUUUGGACUGUGGUGAAGAUAACAUCUGUACACCAAAACUACAGGUUUCAGUAGAGAGCGAUCAAAAGCAGAUCUAUAUUGGUGAUGACAAUCCUUUAACCCUGAUUGUCGAUGCUGAGAACCAAGGGGAAGGAGCCUAUGAAGCAGAACUCUUUGUUGUCAUUCCACCUCAAGCAGAUUUCAUUGGUGUUGUUCGUAACAAUGAGGCUUUAGCAAGACUGUCAUGUGCAUUUAAGACUGAAAAUCAAACUCGCUUGGUAGUCUGUGACCUGGGAAAUCCCAUGAAGGCCAGAACUAAACUGUUAGCUGGGCUGCGUUUCAGUGUACACCAGCAGUCGGAGAUGGACACCUCUGUGAAGUUUGACUUACACAUCCGGAGCUCAAAUCUGUAUGAAAAUAUAAGCCCAGUAACAUCUUACCAAGUUGACCUAGCCAUCUCAGCAGCUGUUGAAAUUAGAGGCGUGUCUUCUCCUGAUCACAUCUUCCUCCCAAUUGCAAACUGGCAACCUAAGGAGAAUCCAGAGACAGAAGAAGAUAUAGGGCCUCUCGUUCAGCAUAUCUAUGAGCUGAGAAACAAUGGUCCAAGUGCCUUUAGCAAGGUCAUGAUGAAUCUUCAGUGGCCUUACAAGUAUAACAACAAUACCUUGCUGUAUAUUGUCCAAUAUGAAAUUGAUGGACCCAUGAACUGCACUUCAGAUACAGAGAUCAACCCAUUGAAAAUUAGGAUUUCUACUCCUAAAGAAGAUGAGAAGAAUGAAACACUUCGUGGGGAAGAAAGCCGUGACCAUCACAUCAGUCGAAGGGAUAUAACUGCCAUUGAAGGAGAUGUACAUACUUUGGGCUGUGGAACUGCUGAAUGUUUGAAGAUAGUCUGUCAAGUUGGACGCCUGGAGAGGGGAAAGACUGCAAUAUUAUAUUUAAAAUCCCGCCUAUGGACCCAAACCUUUAUGAAUAAAGAAAAUCAGAAUCAUUCAUAUUCUCUUAAGUCGUCAGCUUCAUUCAGUGUGAUAGAGUUCCCUUAUAAGAACCUUUCAUUUGAAGAUAUUCACAAUUCUACAAUAGUUACCACAAAUAUUUUAUGGGGCAUUCAGCCACAGCCCAUGCCAGUGCCCAUAUGGGUUAUCAUUUUGGCUGUCCUAGCAGGAUUAUUGCUCUUGGGUCUUCUAGUCUUUGUAAUGCACAGGAUGGGUUUCUUCAAACGUGUGCGACCACCUCAGGAAGAACAAGAAAGAGAACAGCUGCAACCCCAUGAAAAUGGGGAAGGGACAUCAGAAGCUUAAACAGAGUUUUAUCUGUGUAACAAACUUUAAAAUGCCAGCAUUUUGGUUACGAAUUUUGAGUUCCUCCUGAGGAAAAAACACUUCAUGACUGCACUGUUGAUAUCUUUUUGGCAUUGGGAAUAGCCAAAAUAAGAGCAAUAUAUUUCAAAUUUCCCUUAUAUUAAUCAUGUCCACGCAUGACUAACGCAUAUGCACUGAUUUUGUGAGUGAAAAUUAUAAGUGAUGUUUAGUGUCAUGAUUUUGCUUAUUAGAUUUUGGGACAGCGUUCUCUACAAAUCAGCAGCUUCCAUAGUUCCAAUUUAUUAUGUUUUAUUUUGAUGGAUCAUUUUAAUAGUCGUACACUACAUUUAGUUUCCAAGCCUUUGGCUAGCAGCACAAAAAUGAGUAUAACUUUUUUUUUGACUCUUUACCUUGAAGGCAAGUGUUUUAUUUUUCCUUUCCCUUUUGUCUCUGGUACUUAUUUCCCCUCCACACCUCCCAUCAAAAAACAAGAAUGGAAGUAAUUUGUGAGAUUUGUUUCCCUUUGCCAUCUUCUCUACAUGCUGGUCUCUGUGCAUGGAGUUGAAGGUCAGCUGCUUCCACAGGAUCAUUUUACCCUUGCACAUGCACUCAGUCUCUCAUGCUUUAUAUUUCACAGAAGUUUCUCCAGAGGUCUGAGUUUACCUUGAAAGCACAGGGUAGGCAACUGACCUAGAUGUUGGGGAGAAAAGACUGGGAAUGAAGCUUCUGGGCUCUAUGGAAGCUUUCAGGCCAGGAUCAUAUGCUUUCAUAUUCAGUUAUGAUGCCCAUGAAGCCCAGGUAAGGACAGUUGCCACCUGAAGGGGAAGGAAAGGUUCAUGCUACUAUGUAUCUACAAAAGGACUGGAUGCUAUUGGACAGUGAGUAAGGCCUCCAAGGGCUAUAGGUGCACAAAGGCAUAGUUAACUUCCAGGCAAACCUGGUGAACAUAUUUAGGGUCCCUACAGGAUUUGAAGGCAAAUUCCAGUCCCUUAAAUAAUAUAGUCCAAAGUUUGUGAUGAGGCUAAAGGAAACUGUUAUAGCUCCCCAGUUUUCUGGUUGAUUCAGUUUCAGAGAAAGUUAGAGCACUACAGAAGCUACUUGAACCUAUACCAUCUGGCAGUAUACCAAAAGGACCAUCUGCCAGGCAAGAAUAUCCAGAUCAUACUCUUUAUUUUCCAUCCCUGCCAUGAUGCUGACUGUGGGGAGUACUUAACUGGUAGAGCAAGAGUCCAGAAAAAUACAACUUAUUUUUUUUUUCACCCCCUCCACUCAUCUGGCUCAUUUAAUUUCUAUUUUGCAUAAAAUCUAGACUUCAGAGUCCUAACAAAGAUACCUAGCAUUUUCUGUUAUGCGCUUUGAAUCUUACAUAAGUUACAGUUAAAUCUUUAGUAAAUUACGGUCUUACAGGGAUUGAACUAGUUUUCUUUUAUUCUCUUAA